AUGGGCUUUGUACCUGGCUACAACAAAUCAGAUAUUAUUUCACCAGGAGGCGAAACAUCGGUCGAGGCUGAGGUAGCGCCGGAGACAAAAAAGUCGAAGCAGGAGCACCAAAGGCGGUUUCCAGUGAUCUAUGGUGAUGAUGAGAUAUUCAGCGACAUCUAUUAUGACGUCUAUGACCCCUAUGCGGCAUCAAUGAGCGUUGUGCUUGAUAGAAAGGAGAAAUCGCUAGAGGAGGAAUCGCUCUUGGAUGACUACAAAAUAUCAAACGAAACCGGAGACUCUAAAUCCGAGAAGCAAGAUGCUCAGGCAGGAAGCAGUGGUGAUUGCCAGGCGGAUGUUUCGUUUGCUUUCGAUCCGAUAAGAGAUGCUCAUCUGGUUGCCAAGAAUGCGUACGAUGCGUAUAGGGACGAUGAGCGGAUAGCCGAGCAUAUCGCCGAUCGAAUGGUUCGACGACCGAAUAUGCUGAUUGUUGAUGCAUUUGCUGGUGUUGGUGUGAUUGCGAUUGACCUGGAUCCGGUUCGACUGAAAUGCGCUCGCCAAAAUGCCAAGGUUUAUGGUGUCGAGGAACGUAUAGAAUUCAUCUGUUGUGAUUUCUUCCAUUUCGCUGCCAAGUGGAUGAGCGAUGUCGGAAAGUCGGCAGAGGUGGACGCAGUAUUUCUUAGCCCUCCGUGGGGUGGACCAAGCUACCUGAAAUCGAACGAUUUCGAUCUGAUGAUCACGCGAACGCGUUUUGACAUCUACACCGCCAGCACGAGAAGAUGUCUCGAAUAUUGCCUACUCUUACGAGAAACACGGGGAAGUGAAACAGUUAAUUUCGCUGAGUGGACCGGGAGGAAGAUGCGAAAUCGAGCAGAGUUGCUUGAAUAA